AUGUUCACCGAAGGAGAGGAAAUGUACCUGCAAGGUUCCACGGUCUGGCAUCCCGACUGUAAACAAAGCACCAAGGCAGAGGAGAAGUUGCGGCCCACAAGGUCAUCUUCUGAAAGUGUCUAUUCCCGGCCUGGAUCCAGUAUACCGGGCUCCCCGGGCCACACUAUCUGUGCUAAAGUGGAUGAUGAGAUCCUGGAUUACAAGGACCUUGCCGCCAUCCCCAAAGUAAAAGCCAUUUACGACAUUGAACGCCCCGACCUCAUCACCUAUGAGUCCUUCUAUACGUCCACUUAUGAAGACCGCCAGGACAGGCAGAGCGUGGGUGAGUCACCCAGGACCCUGUCACCGACUCCAUCUGCGGAGGGCUACCAGGAUGGACGGGAACGGAUAAUCCAGCGAUCUACCAGUCAGGGAUCCAUCAACUCUCCUGUGUACAGCCGCCAUAACUACACCCCCACUGUCUCCCGCUCACCCCAGCACUUCCACAGACCCGGCACUGAGCCCAACAGCGGCAGGAAUUCCCCUCUCCCCUAUCGGCCAGACAGCCGCCCACUAACGCCUACAUACGCUCAGGCCCCCAAACAUUUCCAUAUUCCAGACCAAGGCGUGAACAUGUACCGGAAGCCCCCCAUCUACAAACAGCACGCUGCCAUGGCAGCCUUCGCCAACAGCUCCGACGAUAUCAUCAAAUCCUCCAAGUUUCCGGCUGCCCACGCUCCAGCACCCAAUGAAGUCCCAAAGAUUGAGACCGACUACUGGCCAGGCCCACCCUCACCCGCCGCCAUAGGUAGUGACCCCAGGAGGCGGUCGAAUGGCCGAGAUGAAGAGGACGAGGAACUAUUAAAACGUCGCCAGCUGCAGGAGGAGCAGUUAAUGAAGCUGAAUUCAGGUCUGGGUCAGCUGAUACUCAAGGAGGAGAAGGAGAGCCGAGAGAGACCGCAUUCUGCCGGCCGAUACGACCCCUCAGUCCUGUCUUCUCUCCACUCCGAUGUGUCCAAGACGUCCUCUCUUCCGGGUUACGGUCGAAAUGGCCUCCACCGGCCGGUGUCCACGGAUUUUGUGCAGUAUGACAGUUAUGGGGACAUAAGCGGUGGGGUUCGAGGUAAGCAGUCACUGCCCGAUGGUCACGUUCCCGUCAUGAGAAUGGAUAGGGGUGUCUCUAUGCCCAACAUGUUGGAACCAAAGAUUUACCCCUAUGAGAUGCUGAUGAUAACAAACAGGGCUCGGAACAAGAUCCUGAGGGAUGUGGACCGGACUAGACUGGAGCGUCACCUGGCACCCGAAGUGUUCCAAGAGAUCUUUAAGAUGACGAUACAGGAAUUCGACAAGCUGCCGCUUUGGAGACGCAAUGAACUGAAGAAGAGGGGCCCGGCUUUUCUGAGACAUUUUACUGGGCGUGUCCCCUGCUGGAGCCCUUCUGCGGCUGUGUCACUUACAGGAAGCAACCCAAUACUCUGCCCCGUGUGA